AUGGAAACAUUAUGGGGCUAUCGCCUGGCAGUGUGUCCUACGGAAAAGGCGUAUCGGCCCUCUCAUAGAGCCGCCGUUCACGAUGCUAUUCUUCAUGAUGCUUCGUACUAUUCCCUAGUGGAAGUUAAAGGCGCCGAGCAAAUCCUGGUCUCUAUGCUAGAGAGAUUUUGUGACCCCCAGGGACCAGGACCAAGUUCGAAGCGGUGUCUAGGCGGCUCUCGCGUCCUCGAGACCUGGAUGUACAAGCCGGGGUCAUACCCUUACGACCUCAUUGCGCCUGUGACGGUCGUGUGGAAGCCGGCAGAUUCGCCCACCGCAACCGCAGAGUCCGAUCAGAUCAACGCUAAAGGAAAGGGGAAAGCAAAAGAGCCCCCGUCGGUCCUUGCUGAGAAUGCCCCAUCAGAGCGUAUACGAUGCGUUUGGUUGCGAUUCCAUCCAUCGGUGCACACUGAGGUCCUUAAUAUUUUGCAAGGAGCAGCUUCUCAGACUUUGGCAACUUACAAGGAGGUUCAUGGCGACUCAAAAGAAAUGACACUAGAGAUCGCGAAUUUGAAGAAUCAUGUCAAUGUUUUUGAGAUCGUUGGUCCAAAAUCUAGUCAAGUUAUCAGAGGCGCUUUGUCCCCCGUGCAUUCUGACAAGAGGGGCGACUUCUUGAAGUUCUGGUCGUCCUUGACCAAUCUUCAAAGUGCUGGUUCUGUGCCUCGAGGAAUGAUAAUAGGCUUCACUGUAAACGAUCCUCGAUUAAGCUUCCCUCCCAAGAAUGCCAAGGCAAAACUUGCUCCUGAUCAAUUAAGCAUUAUUUUUCCAUCUGUUCGUCUCGCUGCGAGUGAUGUUUGGGACGAAAGGGUUCGCAGUGGUCUAGCAAAACCACGUUACAGGAAGAAGGAUCUGGACGAGCGUCGUUCCAAUAAUGGUAUCCCAGGAACAAGACUGGAUCCUUUGCGUCAAGAUGAUCGCAUACCUGUGUUGCUCAUUCAACGAUCGUUGGAAACUCAUGACUCGAACGACAGCCAAUCCUUACAUGGCUGGACUCUCAUUGUCCCGAAGGGGUGGUCCAUGGCCUUCUUCAGCUCCCUUGUCUUUACUACAACUCGCGUCGGCGGUCAACGAGAACGGCAAACGCAGUCCUACGAAGCUGGGACCCCGUACUUCCCUCGAGAUUAUCCACCAUCACAACCCUAUCAAGAAUGGAUUGAGGAGCAAGAAGCGAAAGAAAAACUCAAAUGGGAUCGAAAACCUCCAGCUAAACGCGUCAACUAUGAGAAACUCGGUGUAAAGAAUCCAUGGCGACCAGACUGGGAUGGCCUUCUUCACACCCCAGGGAGCAGGCCAGCGACCUCUUUCGUGACAACUCAGCGAGAGACCACAGACACCGGCGCAGCUGAAUCAGACAAGAAUGUACGUCGAUGGUUACUCCGAGGCUCAGAAGUGCCGAAAAUUCUGUCGGCGGUUUCUUCUGUCUUGAACCCUGGUGGCGUGCUUCUAUCAGAGAUAAAUCGUCUGCGCUCCAAACGCCAUCACCCGAUUCUUCCCACGGACAUCAAAGCCGUCGACCUGCUGGAGGGUGCUUUGAUCAAUGUCAAAAUAGAUAUGUGCUCGCGUGGCUCGCCAGAAUCGUUGUGCAUGAUCUAUAGCUUCACAGAUGAUCUAGCGAGGCAGUGGUCGAAAACUCUUCACGCUCGCCAGUCAGCCGGGGUCUCAAUCGACGAAGACUCUCCCCAGGAAGCUGAACUAUCGACAAAAGUGCCCGCACAAGACGCUGUCAUUGGUUAUGUGACCACUGGCCAUUUCUCUCUGUCUCGGGGUCAUGGGUUCGGGAUUGGAGCGAUCUCACUGGCUCAUCUCCUGGAAUUGGAGCAUCAACACCUAAGACUGUAUCCCAAUCAGAAGAUGCCGUCGAAGAUACCACCGCUAUUGGUUGGCAUUCAAAAUACAAACAGUCUCCAAUGUCGCCCUGCCCAUAUCGAAGUGAUUGUGGACGCCUGA